UAUGAAUAGUGGAAAGGGUCGGGUUAUGAAUAAUAAUCUAGUGUGUUUUUGAAACUAUUACCCGUGUUAUAAGGGGGCUGUGUUAUGUUAUAUACAUCAUGAAUAUCUAACGACUGGCCUACCUGUUUUGUUUGUUGGUGUGUCUUUAUAGGAGUGCUCGAUUCAAGCCGUUUAGCCGUCACUCCUCCAUUAGGAACUUGAAGGAAACACAACGCGGGAUUAACAGAGAAGAACUCAUCGUAUUAAGAGAUUAAGGACAAGCGGAGAAUUAUUCCCGAUCAUUCAAUGUUAGGAUAAAGAUUAACCCGUGUUUAACGUUUGAGUGUUUUGAGGAUAGACAUGGCUGUUAUCAUUCAGCUAUGGUCCCUAUCCAUUAUCAUUUUGUUAUCGUUAAUAACUGUAGACUCCCUGAGAUUCCGUGGGGAGCCUAAUACAUACGCUAAAUUCCCAGUAUGGAACGCUUGUAUCAACGCCUCUAUCAGCUUUGAGUUUAAAACGACGCAAUCGAACGGAUUGCUUUUGUACACUGAUAACAAUGGUCGCUACGACUUUUUUGAAGUUGCUCUCAAGGAUGGAUCUGUGCAGCUACGACUGAACGUUGUGGAUGAACAGGACGGAAGCGUGGAGAUCGUUCUCGGAAACAACCUUAACGACAACCGCUGGCACAGCGUAGUGGUAAAACGUAAGCAUUUUGAGACGAUCCUGCAAGUCGACGACACCUCCAGCAGUAAAGUAGCUUUUGGGUCUGAUUCGGGGUUCGGAGACAGACGCAAGAACAAUUUUGUGUACUUCGGUGGUGUUCCAUUGGGCUAUACGAGGGAUGCCCGUCGCUCGCCGCUAGAUGAAACCGUUACGGAUGCUAAGUUUGAAGGCGAUUUGAGGAAUAUUUUGUACUUUAAUUGUACUUGUAUACCGGAGAGAGCCAGUGUGUUGAAUUAUCAGGGAGUAUCGAGAGAGCCGAGAGAAACUUGUGAAAUCAACAACCGAUGUCCAGCUGAUUGUCCUUGUGUCAGUGUUGAAGGAGAUUCAGGCUGUGAAUGUAAAUAUAAAGAAUCAUGUAUUGCAGAUCUGUACACCCGUUACCACCUUCCUAUGGACCGACUGUCUGGAAAUGGUCUCAUCAAUCCCUCGGGGAUGGCUUCCACGGUGCACGGCAAUCCCCAAAUUGUACCCGGGGUCAUCAAACAGGCCCUAGAAUUGGACGGUCGGGUUCAAUACGCCAGAAUAGCUGGUUCUAGUCAUAGAGCCGAAUGUUUGGGUGAUCUUUCAAAAUGUCCGGAUGGUUAUUUUCUGUCCAUGUGGCUUCAGUUCAAGGAUCAUAUAACAGAACGUGGUGUUUACAUGUCCAACGGUGGAGAACGACAGGACUCCCAUGGUAUCGCUAUGUAUUACGGCGACGGAAUCCUCGAGUUUAUCUUCAAACAUCCCAAUGGACAGACCUGGUCGGUUAAGGACAGAAAUUUCCUACCAAAAAGAUGGUACCACGUUGCCGCAUCCUGGGAUCAAAAUAAAGGUCUCCAUUUGUUCGUGGAUGGAAACCAAGUGAACCAUGAUAACCGACCAAAACGAGGGUCAAGUGUUAGACGAACAGCCUACAACGACUUCAUCCUCGGGAAGUCCAACUCCAAUGACAGAACUGGUCGUCUUGGCACCAUGCUGGUGGAUGAUUUUAGAUUUAUCUCGGGUUUUAGAAAUAAUAAGGAAGUCCGAGAAUCAGGACCUAUUUUCCGUUAUCAUAUGGAUAUGGAUGAAAUGGAAGGAAACACAAUGACAUUUCCACACAUAAACGCCCAAGUACAUGGAAAUGCUCGACUCACAGAUGAGGCUGUUUUGAACAAAGCUUUAAAUUUAGUUGGGAAUGGACAGUACGUUGACUUGGGUAACUUUCCUGGAACUUGCUUUGGAGACCUGAUGAAGUGUCAGCACGGUAUCACUCUCUCCUUCUGGGUGAACUUCCCCAGACUCGAUGGAGACUCCAGAUAUCUGUUCAGCUCCCCGAAUGGUAUUUCCGUUUACUACAGCGGUAGUCGUCUUCAUGCUGAUGCACAUAUGGGAGACAGAAACUGGGCUGCUUACUACACAGGAAUCCGGGCGAGGCAGUGGUACUUUGUUGAGAUCUCCUGGAACCCAGAACUUGGUCUGACCAUGUUCGUUGAUGAAGAGCGCGUUGCCUUCCAACCUAGAGACUCCCACCGAGGUGUUUCCAGACGAGAUCACCGAAUUCUUAUUGGAAAGGAAGCAUCAGCAUCCUCACUUGGAGAAACUAAUACAGCCAUCGCUAUGGUGGAUGAAGUAGAUGUUUAUUAUGCUGACAGAGAAAAGUUGGUCGAUCUUGGAGUAAUCCGAAGAGGACGACCGGUUCCUUAUCAUUUUGAUUUUGAGCGAAUAGAAGGCAACCGACUGGUUCACGAUUCUAUACUAGUAAAUCUUGAAGGAAACCCUAGACUCCGCCAGGGAAAGAUUGGUAAAGCUUUGGAACUGAACAGAAACAGACAAGUUGCUGAUUUCGGUCGGCACAAUCAGAUCUGUUUUGGAAAUUUGGAUUAUUGUCGAAAUGGUGCACUAUUCUCAUUUUGGAUCAACCCGUCCCAGUUGAAAAGAAACACUUACUUUGCAUCCACGGGAAACAAUGGCAUCACUUUACAUUACAAAAACAGAAAGCUAAUCGCUAAAGCUGAAACGUCUUCAAGAACUUGGGAAACAUCUACAAACAAGUUGGUGGUAGAUAAAUGGCAGUUUGUAGAAACAUCCUGGCAUCCAGAGACUGGAUUAAAGCUUUAUAUCAACAACGAGAUGGUUGGGGAGGACACCCGACAUUCCCAACGAGAUGACAGAAAUCCUGGUGCUGCUGAUCAAGAUGAUUUCUAUUUGGGUAGAGGUAAUCUAGAUAUGAACGAUAACAACUACGCUAACGCCAUGUAUGAUGAGUUGGAUUUCUGGUAUGCUGAUCGCGAUUAUUUGACUGCUCAUGGAUACAUCCAGAGAGGUAAACCAAAGCAUUACAUUAUCGAUUUUGAAGAAAUUGACGGAAUUCGAUUGAUUCAUGAAAGUUUACCAAUUCGAGUUGUUGAAAAUGCUAAAAUUAUUCCUGGUAAAAUUGGUAACGCUUUGGAACUUAAUGGUAAUAGACAGUAUGUUGAUAUUUCUGGUCGUAAUGGCGAAUGUCUUGGUAACCUGGCACUAUGUUGGCAAGGUAUUACCAUAUCGACGUGGAUGAGAUUCCGUAGGUUCGAAAACAACAUGGUGUUUUUAUCUACGGGGAAGAACGGUAUAUUAGUGACGUAUAGAGAUGGUUAUAUCUACGUCACAGCAGACGGUAGAAGUCAGGUGACUGUACCAGCUUUAGAGAGGAAUAGAUGGUAUUAUUUUGAAAUCACGUGGCAUCCGACCCAUGGACUGAAAGUUUAUGUUGAUCAAAUGAUUGAAGGUUCGGCCCCGAGUUCACCGUUACGAGAUGCUACAGGAACUGAUAGAACUGGCAGUUUCUAUAUAGGACGCCCUAACGCUGGUGAUACCCCUGGUGGACUCUUUGCCUUUGGUAAUUUUGAUAUCGAUGAGAUGGAGGUUUGGUAUGGCCGCCGAGAAGACCUAAUGGCGUUUGGUUAUAUCAGAAAAACCCGACAAGAUAAUUUUGGACAUGAGACUUUCUCCUUUGAAAACGCCGUGGGUGAUAAGGUUGACCAUGUGGUAUAUACUGUACUUCUAGUCAACGGAGCCCGACUUACUCGAGGCUUGAUCGGAAACGCAGUAUUAUUGGAUGGACGAGACCAAUACGUCAACCUGGACGAACAUCCUAACAAGUGUAUGACGGAGCUGGAUCUGUGUACCCAUGGUUUUACGAUCUCCUUGAUGCUGAAUCCGAGAACUCUGAGAAAUGGUAACUACUUCCUUUCCAGUCCAGCUUAUGAUCUCUAUUACCAGGACAGAAAGCUUCAUGCCAAGUUCCGCAGCAAAAAUCGAUCGUGGACAGUUUCCACGGAUCGGUUACGAGAAGAUCAAUGGCAGCAUGUGACCAUGUCUUGGCAUCCUAUUAAAGGUUUGUCUUUGUAUCUGGACGAUGUUCAGGUCGAUUCAGCCUAUGGUACCGAAGAAGCACUAGGGGAUCAGCCUAGAAGCAGCACCGUGUAUCUGGGUAAGAAUGCCUUGAGUGAUAGAGAACGAGCUACAGCUAAUACCAUGGUGGAUGAGGUACAGUUCUGGUAUGAUGAUUUAGAUCACUUAAAGGCAACUGGACAAUACGGAGCUCCUAUCAAUCCCCAACGAGUCAACUUUGAUUUACUACGUGGAGGAAGUCUCCAGGUCGGUAAUAGAAGAAUCGUUGUUUAUGGAGGACCUAACACUGUACAAGGACAGCGAUACAGAGCUUUGUUCCUCAAUGGAUUAAACCAGUACGUUGAUCUCGGACAGAACUUUACUUGUGCUGGCAACUUGGAUAAUUGUCGCCAGGGCGCCACGAUUAGAUUUUUUGUGAAACCCGAGCGACUCCAAGAUGGCAUGUACUUCAUCGAUUCCUAUCCUCUUCGAGUGUAUUACCGAGAUGGGAAACUGUUUGCUGAGAUGCAAACAGCAACUCGUCAGUGGGAUGUUUCAUCUGGAGGAUUUGAGGCUGGUAAAUGGCAGAAUGUUGAAUUAUCUUGGCAUCCAACAGUGGGAUUGGGAAUGUACCUGAAUGGUCGCCGUGUAGCUCAUCAAACCUACCCAACCAUCCGAGCUCCAAUUCAGAAUGAUGAUUGGAGGACGUAUGUUGGACGACCAUUAAUUACUGGAGGUGACCGGAGAUAUGCCAAUACUUACCUUGAGAACAUUGAAUUUUAUAAUACUCGACGUGACUACAUUCCUAGUGCCUACCGUCCUAUACCACUACCAGACCCUACUCGACCACCUCCUCGGACCAGACCACCUCCACCACGAACUCCACGUCCACCAGUGUAUACACGAAGACCAGAUCCCAAUGUCUACGUCAAUGGAAGUUAUGGGGAGAUAACUACGAUACGCCCAGCUUACACCCAGGGUCCUCCGAUAGUUGAUACAUCAGAUAGACGUGGCACAACUAAAGUUAUCAGAUUUAACGGUUUAUCUUAUUUAAAAUAUAAGUUUGAUUACAACACACUACCAGCAUCUUACUAUGAGAGAACGGAACAAGAAGAUCUUAGUUUCCACUUCAUCACAGAUAAACCAGAUGGUUUGUUGUGGUUCCACCAAGGUGAAGAUGGCAGAGAAAUGCAUCUUAGUUUAAAGGGUGGUAAACUUGUAUUUGUAAAUGAUGAUGAUGGAAGUCCUAAAGAAAUAACUAUUGCUCCUGACACUGGUGCUGGGUAUAACGAUUGGGAAUGGCAUCGUGUUAACGUUAACAGACGUGGACGCAGGAUCAAUAUAUCAGUUGAUGGUAGAAAUGGAAGAGAUUAUAUAUUUGAGAAUGAUGAUAUACAGUUACUGACAUUAGCAGAUGUCUGGGUUGGUGGUACACCCAAUACAUAUGAACUCACUAAUGGUGUAGUGAGACGAAACUUCGAUGGUGGUGUCGCAGAUAUGAUUUACUCGACACGAGAUGGUAAUAUCAUCACAGACGUCAACUUGAUUGGACUUGCUGGUUCUUCUCACGGUAAUAUUGAUAUUACAGAUGAGCGGAUCAACAUCCGACCUCGUCCAGUUACCAGAGGACCUGUUAUUAUUACUGGACGACCUCAAAUCAGAACGCCACCUCCACCACGAGUGACUUUAGCUCCAGUUGUUGGACCAACUCCAGUUACAUUUAAAGAAUCCAAUACUUACAUCACGUUACCGACACUGAAGGUUCAGGAAGGUGGAGUCAUUCACUUCAGGUUCCGAACCAUCAAAGAUAACGGUUUGAUGCUGUUUAACCGUGGAGAAGCCAACGCUCCCAACUUUAUAGCUGUUGAACUAUUUGAUGGUAAACUCUACUUUGUCUAUGACUUCGGCAGCUUUACUCGCAGAGUUCCCUUCUCACCACGUGUUGUCUCUGAUGGUCAGGAGAAGGAGGUCGAGAUCAGGUUCUUCAACCGCCACAUAGAUCUUCUUCUGAAUGGCGAGUCCAAGCGAAUCAACUUUGUCAGUGGUGAAGUAUUAAGAGAUAACUUGAAAGGAGCUUUCUAUGUGGGUGGCUUCGACAGUUUCACUAGCCUUCCUUGGCACGUCUGGUCUCGUGAAGGCUACCAGGGAUGCUUCCAGGAUCUUAGAGUUAAUGGAAAACAGAUCAAUCUCCACUCGUUGGUCAGUGAUCAGUUCCUCUACGGAAAAGUUGAUAGAAGAUGUUUGAGUAUGCCGAGAGAAUGUGCCGUUCUCCAACCAUGUCUGAAUGGAUUUUGUCGGGAUACUUGGAAUGGGUACAGAUGUGAUUGUAGAGGAACCAGUUUUACUGGUAGAAACUGUGAUAAGGACGCUUUAGUUGGUGCUCUCAAUGGUAAACAAUUUGCUGUUGUUUCUAUGGACGCCACCCAGACUCAUACCAACGACAUCUCUAUGCGAUUUAAAUCACCCCUUAGUGACGCCUUGUUGUUCCAGACUCACACUGACGUGUCAAACGAAUAUCUCAGAUGUGAAUUAGAAAACGGCAGGAUAAAAAUCACUACUAAUUUAGGAGGCGAGACAAAGUCGUUCUAUGCUGGGGAGAAUUUAAAUGAUUUCCAAUGGCACACUGUGUACAUCAGUCGACGUGGUAAUCAGAUAGAAGUCUGGGUAGAUGAUGGUGAGAGACAAAUGGGUGAAUUGUCAGGUGAGCGGUUCUUCUUUGAUAUUGAGCAGAUAUUUAUUGGUGGCCUAGCUAACGACAAUGUUCAGAUCGGCGGCAAUGCCAAGAAUUAUAUUGGUUACAUGCAAGGUUUCAUGUUUAAUGACGUCAGUGUGUUUGAGACGGCCGUGAAACAACCAGGUGAUAACUUGAUCAGUUUCAACCUGACUGAUAUAGAUCGAUUACCUCCCUUAAUCUAUAACCCAAUCACAAUCAAAAACCGUGACACAUUCGUCCAACUUCCUACACUGAGAAUACCAGCUUCAAUGGUCAUUAACUUUAUGUUUAAAACCAAGGAAACCAGCGGUGUCUUGUUAUUUAAUGGCGGACGUAACAGGGAAUUCCUUUCUGUGGAGUUGUACAAUGGAUAUCUUCAUUUCGCCUUCAACACCAGCGACAGUUCUCCAGCUCUGCGUAUGAACACGCCACAACCGUUGAACGACAAUAAAUGGCAUACGGUGACAAUACGACGUGUUGAUAAUCGUCGAUUCAGUGUGAGUAUUGAUGGAAUAUCAACUACUAUCGCCAGUGAAGGACGGGAUACUAGUAUUGACCUACAGGGUCCACUGUAUAUUGGUGGCCUACCACAGAACAUGUUUGACCAAGACUACGUUAGCGGUGCCUUGUUGUCUAAAAAUGGUUUCCAGGGAUGUCUGGCAUCUAUAGACUUGAGUGGUGCUGUUCCUGAUUUGGUUAAAUAUGGCGGCGGUUCUACGAACAUUAUUACAGGGUGUACUGAAAUCCAGGCUGUUUGCGGACCAGAUACCUGCACUAAUUAUGGAAAGUGUGUUCCUGAUGGUGCCUUGUUCAGAUGUGAUUGUAAUAUGACAUCAUUUGUAGGAACAAUCUGUAAUGAAGAGGCUAUCGGAUUCCGGUUGAAGGAAACUAGAACUAAGGAUGGUGUAUUAAUAUAUACUUACUCCCAGGGAUUCGAACCCAGCACCAUGACCGAUGAUAUCGCUUUUGGAUUUAUGACCAAUGAACCCGAUGGAAUACUAAUGAGAGUGAACAGUGGUUUGGUUGGUGAUUUUAUAGAGUUAAGAUUGGAAAACGGCCAUGUUAUUGCUGAGUACGACACCGACUCAUCUGGUAAAUCGAGUAAAAUUGUUCAAUCAUCCAGACAAUUUAAUGAUGGUAAAUAUCAUGUGGUCAGGUUCUACAGGACGAGUAACAACGCCACCUUACGGGUGGAUGAUAUUGGUGCCAGAAUUAAUUCACAUUCCGUUCGUCAUGGUAUAUUUGACAAACAUGGAUCUAUACAUAUCGGUGGUUACAGGGUGAACAAUGCGAUACAGCGUCCAUUUAAUGGUAUUAUUGCCGGAAUGUAUUUUAAUGGUUUGCGUGUUAUGGAUAUGGCUGCCAAUAAAAGACAAACAGUUUGGAUUGGAGACGUUGCUAUAGCACCAUCUCCUUUCUCGCUAUCAGGAAGUACAAUAAUUAUUAGAACACCGAAACCUGAUCUUCCAAAGGUAACAGCUGUUCCUCCUGUAACAAUACCUCCAAUUAUACCAGGUGGUACAGGUGGUACAGGUGGAGGGGGAAUCGGAGGAACAGGUGGAGGAACUGUGGUAUCUGGAGGAGGUGGAGGGUCUGGUAUUUUACUUGGAGGUGGAUCAGCCCAACCACUAGCUGCAGCAGCUAUAGGUGGAGUGCCAAGUGGAGGAUUUGUAGGAGGUGGACCACGAGCCGGAGCUGUUGUUGGAACUGUUCUGGGAAUCCUAGCUUUGGCUAGCAGCAUGAUGUGGGCCUUUUACCUAUGUAAACCUGGAUGGUGUGUUAGACCAGCAGGGGCUGGUGGUGCUCCAGUAGCUAUAUCCCCACCAAGAGCUGGUUCUAAUCUAGGUGCCGUCACAGCUGCUGGAGGUAUGGCUGGAGCUGGUAGUAUAGUUGGAGGAAGUGCUGCAGGUGGUGCUGGAGCAAAAGGAGGUGGUAUGAAUUACGAUACGGCAACAUUACGUGGUACUGGAACCUUCACCAGUUCUGGUACUAAUAUCGGCACUCCUAAAGCUGGACGAGCUCAUCUUGGUUCAACUGCAUCACAGGGUUCUGCUGCUUACUACCAACAGAACACAAGUGUUGUUGAUGGUGGUAAUCUGGGUUCUCCUGCCACGCUUGGUUCCUAUCAUUACGAGGGACAUGGAAUGGCUGAUUACGAUCUGGCACAUGGUAUGGGUGGCUCUGGGGGAGGAGGGUCUGCUAACUAUCAGAGCAACACCCUACAAUCUGGCUACUCGGCUUCUACUAUGACUAUGUACAAUUACAACAUGCAAAAUGUACGAACUGUGACCGGACAGCAUCAAAUGAUGGGAUAUGGUGCCCAGAAUAUGAUUCCUCCAACACCUGGUGCUAUGGGAGAAGAGGUUAGAGUGGACUGUUGUCUCAUGACAACUGAUGGAAGGAGUGUUGUCACUGGUUCUAGUCAUGGACCACCACAAUGUUGGGAUAUGCAGUCAGGAGAAUUAUUACGUACAAUGAAAGGAUAUACAAUGGGAUCAACCAAUCUUCAUCUAGCUUGUAAUGAUAGAAUGUUGGUGGGAGCUGUUAAUGCUGACCUAGAUAUUAACGAAUAUUCCGUGCGUAAAGGUGUAACUAACAGACAAUUACAGAUUUGGGAUUUCACCAACGGUCAGCCAUUAGAAAUGUCUUCGCUUAUAGAAUAUUGUUCAGCUGUUUGUGUUAUGAGUGACAACGAUAAGGUUGUUUUCGCCAGAACUGAUAAAUUUGGUAACGCCACGGCGGUCGUUGUGUGGGACAUUUUAGGAAAUCAGCCUAUUAAAGAAAUGCGAUAUGACAGUCCAGUAGGCAAUAACGAUUAUGUACAUUAUAUUAAUUUAUCUCAGAACGAUCGAUUUGUGAUCGCAGGUUUCACUAAUACAUUCGACCAAUUCGCUGAAUUUGUCGUCUUCGAUAUGACGUUAACGAGUUAUAACGUCAUGGAACCAAGCUUCCUUCGAUUGGACGCCAACCCAGAAUGUACGGAGGUUCUACCACGUGAUGAAGCCGUCACUGGAUUACGUAAUGGAGAUUUGGUGGUGUGGAGUUUGCGCACAGGUCAACCUAACAGACAACUAGUGUCGCCGAACGGCCGUGCUGCUCAUGAUCGUGAGGUGAAGGCCGUUGUAAGGUCAAAGGAUAAUAAGUAUCUGGUUACAGCUUCUGCGGAUGGAACGUUGAAAUGUUGGGAUCUGGAGACAGAGAGACAGAUGACCACCAUGAGUGGACACCAAGAUGAGGUUUGGUGUUGUGCCAUUUCUCCUGACAACGAAAUCGUCGUUUCUGGAUCACGUGACGGUACGAUACGACUCUGGCAACUUCGUAACGGAAAGCAGAUCUGUUCCUUUAACGCUGGUGUUGAUGUCUUCUACAUCACUAUGAGUCAAGACAAGAGCACGAUCGUUGCCCUGGGAGACAAGUUCGGCGCCAGGAAACUAAUCAUGUUACAAGUAGUACGCACCAAAGUUCGACGUCAGAUCACCACUUCUUAAACAAAAGACGACAAAUCGUGCAAUUUAAUUUAUUUCUGCUUUAUUCUAAGUGCUGUGCUGAUAUUUGGACAUGGAGGUCAAGGGUCAAGGUCAAAGGUUGUGACCGGAAUUACCGGAAGUCUGUUGUUCACCGAAUACGUUCACUAACUCAAGAAAUAUUAAACGUAUACACAAAACUGCAUGCUUUGUUUAGAUUUUAUGACGUCAAAUUAGGCUUUGACCCAUGGAAUUAAUUUUUUACGCAAAAAACUGAAAAUACUCAGUGUGUUUCAACAGUGUACUUUUUUCUUUUGUUUUUUCACGUUCUUAAUUAAUUCACAUUAUUUUUGUAUUUUGUUAUCGAGAAUGUGAAAAUAUUUUUUAAUAUUUGGGAAAGUAAAUCUCACGAAUUAUACAUCCAAGUUGGUAAAAAUAUUUUGGUGUUACUUUAAAAUAAUAGCAGGUGAAAUAAGUUAAUUGCAAAACGACGAUAGUUAGGAAUAAAUAAUUAAUUAAUUAAUUACUGCUUUUAAUUGUAUACUUUCUUGCCAGUUAUUUAUAUUUUUAGAUUUUGAUAUUAUAAAUAUGAAAUACAAUUCAGACGACAAUAGAUUUUACUUAUUUCUAAGUAGAGUAGUUUGAUUUGUUAGUCAAUAAGUGAAUAGAAUAGGCCAAUUUACAUAAUCAAUUGGAUGUUCUAUUAAAGAAUAGGCCAGCUCACAAAUGAUCUCUAAAAUAAUAACGAAGAAGGGUGAAAAAAAAUAAAUUUCUCAAAAUAUCCAUUAGCUAGCACAAUUUUGAAAUACAUUUUAUAUUUCUUAAUUGAGUUGAAUACUAGAAACAUUUACUAUUCAAUGAUGUGGGUUUUUGUUUUAGUUAAAAUGGGACAAGUCUCAUAUUAUGUUUUUAUUAAAAGUUUUUCUGAAGUUUAUUUAAAUCUUUUUUUUACGAUUCUAGAUUAACUUUUUCUGUCUCUGUGUUUGUUUAGAAAAGUAAAUUGCUUUUGAUGUUUAUAUGUAGAAUAUUUACAGUUGGUUUAUCCGAGUCAUAAAUAUUCACGGCGUAUAUUAGGUAUAUUACCAAUAUAAUAAGUGCAUAAUAUCAAAUAAUGAUCAUUAUUCCAAAUUAAUCCUGAGUUUUAUCCAGACCGAUCGGAACAUGAGACAUAAAUAUCAACAUACAAUUUACUACAAUUACAAGAAUUACAGCUUAAAGAAUUUUAAGGAAUUAUGUCUAGAAAAAUUUUAAGAAAUCAUGUCUUGAAAAAUUUUAAGAAAUCAUGUCUUGAAAAAUUUUAAGAAAUCAUGUCUUGAAAAAUUUAGAAUAAUUUAGAUAUUGGAAUUAUUUUAAUUUUCUAAACUAUUAUUAGUAACGUCGGAUA